AUAAUAAAAGUAAAUGUUUGCAUUACUUAUUUUUUCAAGCUAACUUGGACUUCCUAUAAAUUAUUCCAACAUAAUUAAUUAUAUGUCUUGAAAUUAAAAAUAUAAUGCAAAACAAGGAAAGAAAAGUGAGCUAUUCAAAGCUCGCUUAUCACGUGAACACAACGUCACGUGCUGUGACCCCAAAGCAGUGUGUAAUCUAUACCCACGGAAGAAACAGUUGAAAAAGUUUAACACCGUAAACUCUGCUUUUGUUAAACUAAAGAUACCAAACAGAAAACGCAACACAAUCUAUCCGUUGAAAAACGUUACAUCAUGAAAUCCGCCUUAUGACGUCACUAUUGUUAGUAAACAAACAAGACAAUGGCAUGUUUUCGUGGAAUAACUUUUUUAUAAGCAAUAAAAGCUUAAAUAUUAAAUAGAAUUUGCUUUAAACGUUACGUUUAUCUAUUAAUUUUUAAAUCUAUUUUAUCAAUUUAUUAAUAUCAUGAAAAUUAUUAAUGAUAUUCGAACGAAAAUAUGCUUUAUCACAUUAAUAUUUUGUCCUGAUUAUAUUUUUCAUUUUGUUUUUAUUUGACAGUUUUUAUCUGAUAAAAGCUAUUCGUAUUUGAAUUUUUCUCUUAUGCGAGCUGCUAUGGUUUUCAGCUCUAAUUUGAUGCACGUUUUUUAUUUUAGAUAUGAAUCGCAAAUGGUAUCCUACUGAUGUGAAAAGUGCGGAGGAAGUUGAACCACUUCAAAAUACCAAAUCUUCCAUCUUUAAAGGAGUAGCAAAGUAUUGCUCUGAGAAAUUCACCUUAGAUCUUUUAAAGCGAAAACUCCCAAUCGUAGUAUGGCUUCCGGCAUAUAGCAUAGAAGAUUUCAAGGGGGACCUGAUAGCUGGAAUGACUGUUGCUUUAACUGUUAUUCCUCAAGGCUUAGCACUUGCAUCUUUAGCUGGUUUAUCUCCCCAAUAUGGCUUAUACACCGCUUUUAUGGGUUGUUUCAUGUAUGCCAUAUUUGGAAGUUGUAAAAAUCUCACUAUUGGCCCUACCGCUAUCAUGUCCAUUAUGACUGCAGAGCAUACAACAAAAGGAGGAGUUCCAUAUGUUAUUUUAAUCACAUUUUUAAGUGGCUGCAUUCAGCUACUAAUGGGCAUCCUCAAUUUAGGAUUUCUAAUGACAUUCAUAUCAUCAUCCGUUGUAACUGCCUUUACAUCAGCUGCUGCUAUUACUAUUGCAACUACUCAGGUUUCGGGUAUUUUUGGCAUAAAAUCUGAUUCUGAAGGUUUUAUUGAAGAUGUGUAUCAUUUCUUUCAUGGGAUCGUACAUGGGCAAAUUAGGUAUUGGGACAUGGCUCUUGGAUUAAGCAGCAUAGUUUUCCUAUUCCUAUUGAAAUAUUUAAAUAAUGUGAAAACUUUAUGCUGUGGACCUUCUGUUGGAAGAGUAUUUGACAUGUUUAUCAAAUUAAUUAGUACUGCUAGAAAUGCACUUCUAGUCAUAUUGUGUGCGAGCAUAGCAGCUCUUUUACUGUCCCAUGACAUUGAUGUUUUGACAUUAACUAAAACUGUAAAAGCUGGUCUUCCACCAUUUGCUUUGCCUCCCUUCUCCAUCAACUACUACAACAAUGCCACCAAUACAACUGUCCAUAAAGACUUUUUUGAAAUGUGUCAGGAUUUAGGAUCUGGAUUGGUAAUUCUUCCUCUGCUUUGUUUGCUUGAAGCUAUAGCAAUAGCAAAAUCUUUUGCUAAAGGAAAGAAAAUUGAUGCUACUCAAGAAAUGAUUGCGAUUGGUAUUUGCAAUAUCAUGGGAUCAUUUGUUUCAUCAUAUCCUGCAACUGGUAGUUUUUCUAGAACAGCCAUAAAUUAUAGUAGUGGUGUUCGUACUACUGCUGGUGGGAUAGUCACAGGAAGUCUGGUACUUCUUGCCCUAGGUGUGAUGUCACCUUAUUUCCGCUUCAUUCCAAAAGCAUCUCUCUCGGCUCUUAUAUUUAUUUCCGUUUUACAUAUGGUCCAUUUUGAAGAUGUCAUAUUAAUGUGGAAAACAAAUAAAUGGGAUCUCAUUCCUUUUUGUGCUACUUUCUUCCUAUCAUUCGUCUUGGGACUGGAGUAUGGUAUACUUAUUGGCAUUGCUUUUUCAAUGUGCUUACUUUUGCUUCAAGAAGCCAAACCAAAGAUUUUAAUACAGGAGAGAAUGACUGAACUUGGUCGUUAUUAUUUAUAUGUGAAACCAGACAGAACUAUUUUGUUUCCAUCUGCUGAAACACUGCAAACAAAAAUAAUUAAAUCUAUUCCAGACAAAGCAGACUCUAGCUCUUCUUAUUUUGUACUCAUUGAUGGUGAAAAUAUCACUACAGCCGAUUAUACUAUGGUCAUGGUCAUGAAGACAUUGUUCAGUGAUUUUAAAGCUGUGAAUAUAAAUAUAAUAUUUAUGCAUUUUAAGCCUGAAGUUCAAGAGGCCAUAGUAGGUAGUGGAUUGAGUGAUUUUAAACAUUUUUCUUCUAAACUAGAAGCAGAAAAUUAUAUUCAGAAUCAGUCAGUGUCUCCAAUAUCUCCCCCAGCGUACAACAGUAACUUUCCAAGGCACAGUCUACGUAGUGACGAUGUUUGUUUUGAUGUCUCCUGAAACUAUCUAAUCAUAAAACCUUAAAAUAUCAUUUUCAUCUUCAUAAAGAGCAUGAACAAAACAUGAUAGUGCCUUAAACAUUGCAUAUUUUGUAUUAUUCCUGUUAACUUCACGGUUAUAGAAACUUACCGGUGCAUUUACUCAUUGUUUUUAAAGUUUUCACUGUUGUUGAGACUGGUUCUUUGCCAGAGAGCAUGUUUUGAGAGUUUUAGAAUGUUUUAAUAAUGUGUUGUAAAGAAUGGGAAGCUUUGUGUAAAUGAAUAGUAAAAUUUUUAGUUGUAUUCAAGCAAGGUAUUUAGUUGAAUUCAGAAGGAAAUGUUUUGAAGUAAAUAUUGGGCAUUACUGCAAGAUGCAGCUAUUAAUUUUAAGGACUGAUCUGAAAAUAUGUGAAUUACGUACUUGUUUAAUAUGUUUCCAAGUAGCAAUAAUACACUUCUAUUAGCAAUAAUACACUUCUAUUAGCAAUAAUACACUUCUGUUAGUAAUAAUAGUGUUUUAUUAGCAAUAAUACACUUCUGCAAUCGGAUGUAAAAAUUUUACAAUCAACUUUUAAAAUCUUCAAUGAUUUCAAUUCUGUCAAUCUUAAAUAUCUUUGAUGUUCUUAAACCUUGUUCUUUUAAUUGUCCUUUGUUUCUAACUACCUCUAGAACAAAGAAAUUUGUUGAAAGAACAAGGUUUAAGAGUUUAGAGUUAUUAAGAAAAUUUUGACGAUUAAAAAGCAUUCCAAACAAAGACUUUAAAAGGUGGUUCUGAACUUUUAAUUUUAUUUUAUCCACAACCGAAACCAAGAAAUUUGUUAAAGGAACGAGGUUUAAGGAAGUGAAAUUCGUUAAGAAAACGAUUGAAAAGCAUUCCAAACAAAAACUUCAAAAGUUGGUUCUGUAACUUUUAAUCUUGUUUUAUCUGCAAUCCAAGAAAUAUGUUAAAAGAACAGGAUUUAAAAAUAUGGAAUUCAAUUAAAAAAAUGCUGACAAUUAAAAAACAUUCUAAACAACGAUUUUAAAAGUUGGUUCUGUAACUUUUAAUCUUGUUUUAUCCACAAUCCAAGAAAUAUGUUAAAGGAAUAGGAUUUAAAAGUAUGGAAUUCAAUUAAAAAAAUCCUGACGGUUAAAAAGCAGUCCAAACAAAGACUUUAAAAGUUGGUUCUGUAACUUUUAUGUCCAAAAAAGGAUGAAAUCGCUUUGAAACAUAUUCAAUGGAAAAGUAAUUGAUAUAAUAUUUUCAGAAGUUAUUAAAAUAAGUCUAGGAAAUUAUAGAAAAUAUUUAUUCAUGCAAAGAAUGUGAUGAGAAGAAUCCCCUCCAAAAAUUAAGUCAUUUCAAUCUGCAAUUGCUUAUCAACAAAAUGUAUUGUUAAUCCUUAUCUCGAACACUCUCUCUAUGUUGCUAAAUUGUUGAGUUAAAAAAUUAAUUUAAUAUUAAUGUCUGUUAAUUUUUUUUCUCCAAAAAAUGUGGCAAAUGAUUAGAAAUUUAAAAAAUAUUAAAAAUAUUUUUUAAUGUUGCGCUGCACUAAAAAAAUAUAUAGACCACGGCGUUACUUGGUUAUUUAUAUAAAAGUUAAAACUUAAUUUUAGAUAUCCGCAACUCCAGAAUACCAGUGUAUCCUUCAAAACUCUAUAAUUUCUGAAGAAUAUAAUAUUUUAUUUUAAUUAUAAAUUAUUUAUAAAUUUUGUUAUUUUAUGCUUAAUGUUAGUGUUAAUAAAGUGUUUACUGAUUUGUUA